UUAGACUGCUACUCACCAGUUUCUUGGGAAAUGGAGAUCCCAGUGAUAAGGAUGGAUCAGCUGUACGGUGAGAAGAGGCCAGAGACACUUUCACUCCUCCAUAAUGCCUGUGCGCAAUGGGGUUUCUUUUGGCUUGAGAAUCAUGGGGUCAAUGAGGACCUUAUGAAUAAAAUGAAGGGACUGGUGAACAAACACUAUGAGCAAGACAUGGAGAAGAACUUCUACAGUUCGGAGAUGGCAACGAUCCAAGGUUAUGAGAAAAUUUCGUCAAAUGUUGACUGGGAGUGCAGUUUCAUGUAUCGUCAUCAGCCAAAAUCAAACAGUCAUGAUAUUCCUAAGCUGCUUAGAAUAACAGUAGUUGAAUAUGCUGAAGAAGUAAUCAAAUUGGCUGAACAGCUCGCGGCAGCUAUGAGCGAAAAUCUUGGGUUGGACAAGGAUUACAUCGAGAAGGCAUUUUCAAAACCUUCUGUAGGCAUCAAGGUGGCAAAGUAUCCCAAGUGCAGUCAUCCAGGGCUUGUGAUGGGCCUCAGGGAACACACUGAUGCUGGAGGGAUCAUACUUCUAUUGCAAGAUGAGUUAGUCCCAGGUUUGGAAUUUCUGAAAGAUGGUAAGUGGGUCCCAGUACCUCCAACACAAGGCAACAGAAUUUUUGUAAACCUUGGGGAUCAGAUUGAAGUGAUGACCAAUGGAAUCUACAAGAGCAUAUGCCAUCGGGUUCUUCCCAACAAGAAUGGGAGCCGCCUAUCUAUUGCAACAUUCUAUAACCCUGGUGCUGAUGCCAUUAUCUGUCCAGCUCCAAAGCUUACAUAUCCUAGCCAAUAUCGUUUCGAAGACUACCUUAAUUUCUAUUCUACUACCAAAUUCACUGAUAAGGUAUCAAGGUUCCAGACAACAAAGGAAAUACUGAAGUGAGUUAUGUCAGAAGCCCAGAGCAAAGAAGUAUCUUGUGCAGCAACACAGCAUCACUGUGUAAAUGCGUUUGUAUGUAGUGCUUCUAAGGAACGGUGAAGUGUUGAGAUAUACAAUUUACUUUCAGUGUUUUUCUGUUUGAAGAAUAAACGGCUUGCACUACCUGUACUUAAUGUAAUAUACUAUUACAUAUGGGUAUCUUCAGACACUGAAA